AUCAUCAUCUUGGAGAAAUUUUGUCUUAUUAUCUGUGAGAGUUGAGCACAAGAGAGAAUAAUGGCCUUAUGGAAAGAGGAAGCCAAGAAGCAACUAUGGCUGGCAGGGCCAAUGGUAUUUGUUAGUGUGUUUCAGUAUAGUUUACAAGUGAUAUCUCUCGUGUUUGUAGGCCAUUUGGAUGAGUUGCUUCUGGCUAGUACUUCUUUGGCUACAUCAUUUGUCAAUGCUACUGGUUUCAACGUGUUGAUGGGUAUGUCAAGCGCACUAGACACAUUUUGUGGUCAAGCAUAUGGAGCAAAGCAGUUUCACAUGCUUGGUGUACACACCCAAGGUGCCAUGUUGGUUCUCACCCUUGUUACCAUACCCCUCUCCAUUAUUUGGGUAUUCUUAGGGCCUAUUCUAGUUGCUCUCCAUCAAGACAAAGAAAUUGCUGCACAUGCUCAACUAUAUGCCAGAUACUUGAUCCCAAGCCUUUCGGCCAAUGGUCUUCUUCGGUGCAUUACUAAGUUCCUACAAACCCAAAACAUAGUCUUUCCUAUGGUGCUAGCCACUGGACUUACUAGCUUCUUACACUUCUUUCUGUGUUGGGUUUUGGUUCAAAAAGUUGGGCUUGGCAUCAAAGGAUCUGCCAUUGCAAUUUGCAUUUCUAAUUGGUUUAACACCAUAAUACUUGCUCUUUAUAUAAAGCUCUCCCCUUCGUGCAAAACAACUUGGACUGGUUUCUCAAAGGAAUCAUUGCAUAACAUCCCUAAAUUUCUCAAACUUGCUUUUCCUUCAACACUCAUGGUGUGCUUAGAAUCAUGGACGUUUGAAAUAAUGGUGCUUCUGUCUGGUGCUCUUCCUGAUGCGAAAUUGCAAACUUCGAUGCUUUCGAUAUGCCUUAACACAUCUGGUAUAUUUUGGAUGAUACCAUUUGGAAUUAGUGCUGCUGGAAGUACAAGGAUCUCAAAUGAAUUAGGGGCUGGUAGUCCAAAAGCUGCAUAUUUAGCAGUUAAAGUCACCAUGUUCUUGGCCUCUGCAGUGGGGAUUUUAGAAUUUGCUUCCCUUAUGAUAUUAUGGAGAGUUUGGGGCCGUGUUUUUACCAAUGUACAUGAAGUGGUCAAAUAUGUGACUUCCAUGAUGCCACUUGUUGCUAGCUCUACCUUUAUAGAUUCAAUCCAAACAGCAUUUCAAGGUGUUGCCAGAGGAUGUGGUUGGCAGAAACUUGGUGCAUAUGUCAAUCUAGGGUCAUAUUAUUUUUUGGGAGUUCCUUUUUCCGUUGUGUCAGCUUUUGUCUUCCACAUGAAAGGACAGGGGCUAUUUUUAGGGAUCCUAAUAGCACUUACUGUGCAAGUGGUGUGUUUCCUUCUGGUCACCUUACGCGCCAAUUGGGAGAAAGAAGCAAAAAAGGCAGCAAAAAGAGUAGGAGGCGAUGGAGUCCAACUUGGGGACCUUCCGUGUGACCAAAAUGCCAAUACUGCUUGAUAGUUGAAGAAUUUUAAUUCUAGUUUUACGUGUAGAACUAGUGACUUAUCUUGGAAUAAUAAUGUUGGUUAUAUGAAUCCGAAACUGAGAUCAACAUCAAUGUACCUAGAGCACAACCAUAGUUAUUCGUUAGCAUAACACUACAAAAACAGUAAUCCCCGCUGGAAUUCAGUUAUCUGAUAAAUUUUGAUUUAGUUUCUUUUAAAA